AUGCCGUUUGUCGAUAGUGCGACCAAUGAUGUGGAUAAAUCCUUCGUGCAAAUCGCGAAUGCAGAUAUCGAAGUGAUUCUCAAACAGCUCACACAAGAUGAAAAGGUUGCUCUGUUAACAGGCGAUGAUUUUUGGCAUACCGUCCCCAUACGUCGACUUGGGAUUCCCUCCAUUCGAUUAUCUGAUGGCCCCAAUGGAGUGCGAGGAACGCGGUUUUUCAGCAGCGUUCCAGCUGCAUGCUUGCCCUGCGGGACCGCGAUCGGCGCAACAUUUGAUCGAGAUCUCGCUGUCGAGAUCGGACACAUUCUCGCCGCAGAGGCCAAGGCCAAAGGUGUGCAUGUUGUACUUGGGCCAACGAUAAAUAUUGCGCGAGGCCCACUGGGAGGAAGAGGCUUCGAGUCGUACUCUGAAGACCCAGUCUUGUCGGGUGUUCUCGCGGGGCAUUAUUGCAGGGGACUGAAAGAGAGAAAUAUCAGCGCGACUCUCAAGCACUUCGUCUGCAAUGAUCAAGAGCAUGAGCGUAUGGCUGUCAGUUCGAUCGUUACUGAUCGGGCGCUCAGGGAAAUAUAUCUGCUCCCAUUUCAGAUUGCCAUCGCCCUUGGGAGUCCGGACGCUAUAAUGACAGCGUACAAUAAAGUGAAUGGUGUACAUGCGGCGGAAAACAAGACCUUGCUGCAGAUUCCGCGCGAGGAAUGGGGCUGGGAUGGACUGGUGAUGAGUGACUGGUUCGGAACGUACAGCACUUCCGAUGCUGUGGUGGCGGGGUUAGAUCUCGAGAUGCCAGGCCCUCCAAGAUGGCGCGGCGCCGCCUUGUCCCACGCGAUAACAUCCAACAAAAUCCCUCUUGCCGCAUUGAACGACCGAGUCAGGGCAGUUCUGAAACUUGUUCAGAAGGCGAGUAAAUCGGGAGUCCCCGAGCGAGCACCGGAGACCCAGCUGAAUCGAUCCGAAGACCGCGCGCUGUUGAGAAGAAUCGCGUCGGAGGCAAUUGUACUUCUGAAGAACGAUGAUGACAUUCUCCCAUUGAACAAGAACAAGAAAGUCGCAGUUAUUGGACCUAAUGCGAAGAUUGCCACAUAUUGUGGAGGUGGCAGCGCAGCUCUGAACCCAUAUUAUGUCGUGACGCCCUUUGAUGGUAUCUCAGCUUCGGCUCUCGGUGGUGUGGAGUUCGCACAGGGUAUCUAUGGCCACCAGAUGUUGCCACUGCUUGGCAAGCGUCUUCGUACUCAAAAUGAUCUCGCUGGGUUUAAAUUGAACAUUUUCAAUGAUCCACCAACGAUGGCGACCAGGAAGCCUUUGGAUCAACGACACGAGACUGAUUCGAUGAUCAUUUUCAUGGACUAUGAUCAUCCAGAUUUGCAAAAAAUUUGGUAUGCUGAUGCAGAGGGAUACUUUAUUCCCGAAGAGUCCGGAACCUACGAUUUCGGUCUUACUGUCCACGGCACAGCAAAGCUAUUCGUUGAUGGCAACCUUCUCAUCAACAAUGCCGAUGUACAAAGACCAGGGACCAGCUUCUUCGGUAGUGGAACAUUGGAAGAGACUUCAUCCUUGGAACUAGAGGCUGGCAGAAGGUACAAGGUCCACGUGCAAUGGGGUUGUGGCAAGACCACCACAUUCCGAGUCCCCGGUGUGGUUGAUUUCGGCCACGGUGGAUUCCGAUUUGGGGCUUGCAAACGCCUCUCACCUCAAGACGGUAUCGCGGAAGCCGUCAAGGUGGCAUCUGAAGUCGACCAGGUGAUCCUGGUUGCGGGACUGAGCGCUGAAUGGGAAUCGGAGGGUGAAGACAGAUCACACAUGAGCUUGCCGCCCCAUACGGAUGAGUUGAUUUCGCAAGUCUUAGAUGCCAAUCCCAACACAGCUAUUGUCAUCCAAAGCGGCACUCCAGUGGAGAUGCCUUGGAUCCAAAAAGCGAAGGCUAUUCUGCACGCAUGGUAUGGGGGCAAUGAGACAGGCAAUGGUAUUGCUGAUGUCGUUUUCGGUGAUGUCAACCCAUCUGGCAAACUUCCUCUCACAUUCCCUCGGCAUCUCAAGGACAAUCCCACAUUUUUUAACUACCGGUCUGAGGGUGGCCGAGUUCUGUAUGGAGAGGAUGUCUAUGUGGGAUAUCGAUACUACGAUGGGCUGGAAAUCAACACAUUGUUUCCCUUCGGCCAUGGGCUGUCCUACACUACUUUCAGGCUUUCAAAUCUGGAGCUUAUCAGGGGCUUGGACGGCCUCCUGCAAAUAAAGUGCAAGAUUCAAAACACAGGAUCAAGACUCGGUGCAGAGGUACUUCAAGUAUAUGUGGCUCCUAUUUCCCCGCCUAUCAAACGACCAGUCAAGGAACUCAAGGAAUUCCACAAGUGUUUGCUUCACCCACUUUCGGAAGAAGACGUCAGCAUUCCGCUGGAUCUCAUCCGAGCAACAAGUUUCUGGGAUGAGAAGAGCGGGAGCUGGUGCAGUCACAGUGGGGAAUACAAGAUAAUGGUUGGAACAAGCAGUCGUGGGGACUUCUUAGAGAGUUCCGUGGAUCUGAAAGAGACUGUGUUUUGGUCUGGGAAUUGGAAUGUUCCGAAAUGA